AUGCGUUCUAUGACACUAUUGGCCACAUUGGCCACGAACGCUCUCGCAGUCGCGCUCCCGUGGCAAUACGCCACAGAUGCAGCCAGCGGAACCCAGCUUCCCCUCGUGAUCUGGCAUGGUCUGGGCGACGACUUCGAACGCGAAGGGCUCACUGAAGUUGCCAAGCUAGCUGAAUCCACGAACCCAGGCACAUACGUGCACCUUAUCCGACUAGCCAACGACGGCAGCGGAGACCGCUCCGCAACCUUCUUCGGCAACGUAACGGAGCAAAUCGCCCAAGUCUGCGAACAGCUUGCCGCGGACCCAAUCCUCAGCACAGCACCCGCCAUCAACGCGCUAGGCUUUUCACAGGGUGGCCAAUUCCUACGCGGGUACAUCGAGCGCUGCAAUAACCCGCCCGUCCACAACUUCGUCACAUUCGGCAGCCAGCACAACGGCAUCUCGGCGUUUGAGUCAUGCGCCAUCGACAACUGGUUCUGCAGAGGGGCUGAGGAAUUACUACGAUCGGGACGGUGGACGAGCUUUGCACAGUCGCGCGUCGUGCCGGCGCAGUACUUCCGUGACCCGGAAGAGCUGGAUGCGUACCUCGAGCACAGCAAUUUCCUAGCGGAUAUCAACAACGAGCGCGCGGUUAAGAACGAAAAGUACAAGAAGAAUCUGGCGUCGCUGAAUCGGUUUGCGAUGUUCAUGUUCGAGGAUGAUACUGUUGCCGUUCCCAAGCAGAGCGCUUUCUUCUCCGAGGUUAAUUCCACUACUGGCGAAGUAACACCUCUGCAUGAGAGGCCGAUCUACAAGGAAGAUUGGCUGGGGCUGAAGCAGCUUGACGAGCAAGGGAAGCUGGACUUCAAUACUGCCCCUGGACAGCAUAUGCAUCUGUCUGCGAAGACCUUGCGCAAGGCUUUUACUCAGUAUUUUGCUCCGCUGGAAGAGUCGCGUCCUUUAAGACCGGGUCUCGUUGUGCAGCGUGGGCUAUGA